AUGAACUCCUUGACUCUACUUGCAACAAAUCUGCAUUGUCCAUCAUGUGUCUCCCGUAUCCAGGACAUUCUCUCUCACCUACCGGGUAUCGUCACGCCGGUCGAAGUGUCGUUGAUCCACCAGAGCAUAAGAGUAAGCUACGAUAGCAGUCGCCUACACUAUCAGCGCAUCAUCGACGAUUUAACUGAAGCCGCGUUCGAAAUCCAACACAUCAUCAUCCACAACGAAAGAGGAACUAUCAUUGACGAGCGAUCAUUGCUUGAUUCAAGUCAACCCAAGGGCACGAGAAUCCGACCGACCCAGAAACAUAUCGAUAGUUGCGAUGCCUGUCGAAUAGAAUGGACAGAGAGCAACGUCCAAUCACGGACAUCGUUUACAUCUACCGAUGGAUUUGCUUAUGGUAACAAGAACCCUGCCAUCAUCAACAUCGAGGACCCUGGAGAAGACAUCACGUCUUCCGCGUACAUUGCUUCCCUACUCAUUGACGGCAUGAGCUGUGGAAGCUGUGUUGGGAAGAUCAAAAGAGCACUGUUAGAUUUACCAUUCGUUCUGACAGCAGAUAUCGAUAUACUCAGGAAUGGAGGUACUGUCACUUUCGUUGAAAAGGAAAACCUGGCCCUCAUAUUGGAUGAAGUCAAGAAUGUGGGGUAUAACGUUACUCUUGCCGAUCUUGUGGAGCCAAAGCCGAAACCAAAUUCAAUCUCCAUUGCCUCGUUGUCCAUUGAGGGAAUGACUUGUGGAAGCUGUGUGGGAAACAUCAAAGGAGCUCUCAAAGAUUUGACAUUUGUCUCCAAAGUGUCCAUUGACCUGAUGUCAAACAGCGCGACAGUGGAAUUCCUGGGAGGGAAGCAAAACCUAGAUGCGAUCAUCGACAGUAUCGACUCUGCCGGAUACGAAGCAACGCUCAGCAACUUGGUAGAACCGAGAACUGCGCCCAAAUCUCGACAACGUGUAAUUGAUAUCCAAAUCGACGCAAUGCAUUGUGCACGCUGUCCGGAUCUAGUUAUGGAAGCCUUGGAAGGCCUUCGCACGCAAGGCAUGUCGACUUCCGAAUUUCAGAUCUCGAGACCACCAUCACUCAAGGUUCCGCGUGUACAGAUCACUUAUCGACCGUCACUGGAGAAAGGCCUUUCUGUCCGAAACUUUAUUUCGACCAUUGCCGCCGUGGACCCUGCCUUCUCUGUUUAUAUUUACCACCCACCUUCUAUCGAGGAGAGAUCAAAGCAAAUCCAACACAGGGAAAGACAGUCGAUUUUGUUUCGUCUGAUAUUCACUGGCAUAGUCGCAAUACCAUCGUUAAUUAUUGGCGUUGUAUUCAUGGCUCUUGUCCCCGCCGACAACGCCACUCGGAUGUGGUUCGAAGAACCGAUCUGGGCGGGAAACGCCUCUAGAAUCGAAUGGGCAUUACUGAUCAUGACCACACCAGUCAUGUUCUUUGGUACGGACAUCUUUCAUCGGCGAGCGUUCAAAGAAAUCUGGGCCAUCUGGAAACCGAAGAGCACGGUACCCUUUCUGCGUAGAUUCUAUCGGUUUGGCAGUAUGAACAUGUUGAUCAGCAUGGGCACCAACGUCGCGUACUUUUCCUCCCUCGCCAUUCUGAUCAUGGCUGCCACCCAGAAGCGUAAUGCUCAUCAUGGAACAAGCAUGUCUUCAACCUACUUCGACGCCAUCACCUUUCUGACCUUCUUCAUCCUUUUGGGUAGGUACCUUGAGGCAUACAGCAAAGAAAGAACCGGCGACGCUGUUGCUAUGCUCACCGAUCUAAGACCCAGUGAAGCUCAGCUUGUGGGUAAGGAUGGCAGCAUUGGAAAGAUUCCGGUAGAUCAGUUGGAAAUCGGGGAUACUGUACAGAUUCCACGCGGUCACUCGCCACCUGCGGAUGGGCUGGUAAAAGACGAUGGCGUUUUCUCGUUCGACGAGAGCUCUCUUACCGGUGAAUCGAAACCUGUUCAGAAGAAAAAAGACGCUGUUGUCUUCAGUGGCACCGUCAACGUAGGUGACCCUGUCAAGAUCACUGUAUCGGAACUGGGAGGAACAUCAAUGCUUGACCAAAUCAUCGACGUAGUUCGAAGUGGUCAAGCUAAGCGUGCUCCUAUUGAGAGGUUUGCAGAUGUUAUAACCGGAUACUUCGUCCCUAUUGUCACGUUGCUCGCGGUCGUGACGUGGGUCACUUGGCUUGGACUUGGACUGUCAGGACAACUACCAGAGGCUUGGCUCGAAUCUACACAGGGAGGUUGGGCAUUCUGGUCAUUGCAGUUCGCGAUCGCAGUUUUCGUGGUAGCAUGUCCCUGUGGCAUAGGCCUCGCUGCCCCUACCGCACUGUUCGUUGGGGGUGGUCUUGCUGCAAGAGAAGGAAUAUUGGUACAAGGAGGCGGCCAAGCGUUCCAAGAGGCCUCUGGUGUGAACGCCAUUGUUUUCGACAAGACUGGCACGCUUACGCAGGGUCAGAUGAAAGUGACUGAAUUCACAUAUCUGGAUGGGGCACUAGAGAAAGAAAAGUUAUUGGCGAUGGCGAUGGCGAGGGCUAUGGAAGCUGUGUCUAGUCAUCCGAUCGCUCAAGCUAUCACGGAGUUUUCCUCUUCUAGUAAAGAGAAGACAACUGUGGCUGACAUCAAAGAGAUCCCUGGCUACGGAAUGACAGCGAAGAUCAGCUUUCCUGACAGUUCAAACACCACUAUCCUUGAGGCCGCGAUCGGCAAUAGCAGGCUUCUGGAAAAACUAAACGAAGACUUGGACAGUCCUACAACAAAUGGCGUCGCCGGCUUACAAGAAGCCCUUCAUCAUCACCAGGUCAAAGGCAACUCUGUCGCGAUCAUUGCCAUCAAAAAUGAAGACCAAUUCGAACCUGCAGGCAUAUUCGCAAUCUCCGACCCACUUCGACCAGAAGCCAUUGAAGUUGUUGCGUCUUUACGUAACAUGGGACUCUCGAUUCACCUUUGCACAGGUGACAACGCCACCACAGCUAAAGCCAUUGCCUCACAACUAGGUAUCUCGCCAGAGAACAUACGCGCAGGUGUAUUACCCCAAGGCAAAGGAGAAUACAUCCACGAACUUCAGCAUCCUCGCGAGGGCGGACGCAGAAUCGUAGCCUUCGUCGGAGAUGGUCUAAAUGACACGCCCGCUCUAACCGCUGCUGAUGUCUCCAUAUCCCUUUCCUCUGGCAGCGACAUUGCAAUCAAUGCAUCGUCGUUCAUCCUCCUCAACUCUCACCUCGGCGCCAUCCACAGACUAUUCACGCUUUCGAAACGAGUGUUCUUCCGAGUGAAAAUAAACUUCUUCUGGGCGGCCAUCUACAACCUUAUCUUGAUCCCAGUCGCGGCUGGUGUUUUCUACAUGAUCGGCGCGUCUGAGCAUCACCCCGGUUGGCGGAUGAGUCCUGUGUGGGCUGCUAUCGCGAUGGCGGGAAGUAGUGUCAGUGUUGUGUUGAGCAGUCUAGCCCUCAAACUCCCUGAGAUGAGGUUUCCCGGGAAAGGCUCUGCGGGGAAAGUAAGGCAGUAAUGGGAAGGGGCGGAGAGAGGAUUGAUAUGAUGUUAAUUGGGGCUGACAGAGGAUUGAUAGGAUGUUAAUUGGGGCGGAUGCGG